UCAGUGUUUUGAGAAGAGUGGUAGUGAUUUAACGCGGCUGUACGAACGUGGGUUGUAAAACUUACAAGUAAAUUGCCGGAAUACCUGUUCUAGCCGAGAAGUGCUAAAGAUUGUGCAGUUCUCCGUGAAUAGCUUCUGGGUUGCGGAAGAGUGUUAUCUUGUCUAUAAACCAAGCACGUGCCCUAACUGCCUUUAGUUUUAUCUUGAAGUCAAAAGUUAUCACUUUAAGUGAAAGUGCGACUGCUCAUUUGGAACUAUUCUUAGAUACAUUCCUCUAUCUUAAAGCUCUUCUGAAAUAGCCGAAGAGUCUUCGGAACCAACUCUUUGAUUAAGCAGUUUCUCUCUUUUUCAUCCGCUUUCCAGCAAUCUUUUUCGUUUUAGAUAGAUGUUCACAUAAAGAGCUAUUUACCACGGGGCUCGUAUCAGUGUGGCUCACUGCUAGAUAAGCUAAUAUAUUUGAACAUUUUGAAGAGUCACUGCCAAGUAUUUGAAGGCCUGCGUAGCGCGCCCAGUGAAUAGUUAGCCCACACUAGUGGCUUAAGAUUGAUCGUACUUUUAAUUACAGAGUUUAAGGCUUAGAAUCGUAGGACCUCGAUUGUGUGUUGUGUUCCAGUGGUUUAAAAAAUCUUUCACACUCUUAAGUUAUGUUAAAAAAGAUAGUCUGGGCUUUUUUUUUAUCCAGUUUGCGAAAUUUUCUUAUAUAAAUUGUUAUAAAAGAUACACCUGAUUAAUAUUCACUAUUUAAUUUUGAAUUGAAUUGCUGGCCGCAUAUGUACUGGUUGCAAUACUUAAUUACAAGUUACUCGAUGUAGUUGCAGGUUCAGUGCAAAGUGUAGGGUGAAUAUAUGAAAUAAGUAGUGGAGUCCACAUAGAUAAAUGGUGUCGAAUAAAGUUCCUAUAAAACACAUGGAAAGCAGAGCGAAGUUAUUAAAUAUAAUUGUCUUAUUCAACUCCAAUAAAAAAAAAUAAGAUUAAACUAGACAAGUGUUAAAAUUCACUGCGUAAUCUCCAGUGAUAACGAAGCCCCCAUUUCGUUUGUGAUUCAGCAUAUGUGAUUCUAUAUUAUUUUUAUUCACGUGAUAUUUGAGAAGUGUUCAGAGUUACACAAAAAAGAUACAUUCAACUCUGGAAAAGUGCAUGGAAAGUGUAAAAUCAAUUAAAUUGUUUUUAUGUUGCCGGGCUUCAGUGUGUUUGUGAUCCGACUUAGUUGCAUAAAAUUUUGUACACUUUUCUGCGGAGGAAUUACGCAAAGGAGCAUCUAGAUGGAGGCUGUACAGCGGAAGUUGGAACCAAAUCCCAAGGAUGGGGCUAAUAUCUUGUCGCGUAUCUUCCUCGUUUGGACGGCGAAAAUUUUUAAAAUUGGAUAUAGUAAAGUUCUGGAUGUUACGGAUCUUUUUCGGCCCCUUUACAAUGAUCAGUCGGAUGUUUUGGGGGAUCGAUUGGAAGCAAACUGGUAUGCACAACAGAAAAACAAAAAGCCAUCCCUUCUUAAGGCAGUCUUCAAAACAUUUUGGAAAGAUUUGGCAAUUAUGGCGGUAUUGGCUGCAAUAGCAGAUUUCGGUGUUCGCCUGUUCCAACCCCUAGUGUUGGGUCAACUAUUGUCCUUCUUCCGCUUAGAUGUUGAAGUAAAGGACCCAGAUGCUCGAUUCUACUGGGGAGGAACCUUGGUUUUUCUAUCUGCUGUAGGAUCUAUAACUUUCAACCACUACACGAUGAUUGCGUUUCACACAGGCAUGAGGAUACGAGUAGCAGUUUGCAGUCUUAUUUAUCGGAAAGCUUUGCGGUUGUCCCGAACGGCAUUGGGUCAAACAGCCCCUGGAAAAGUGGUGAAUCUUCUGUCCAAUGAUGUCAGUCGCUUCGAUCUUGUGUCUAUCUUCGUUAAUGCUAUGUGGUCGGCUCCGUUAUUGACUAUUAUCAUUGCUGUGAUGUUGUACUUAGAGAUCGGAUAUUCGGGGUUGAUUGGAAUGAUUGUGAUCGCCUUUGUCGUUUUCUUGCAGUCAUAUACCGGUAAACUAUCGUCGAAGUUCCGAUACCAGACUGCCAUAAGAACGGACGAGAGGGUUCGUUUCAUGGACGAAAUUAUUUCCGGAAUUCAGGUAAUCAAAAUGUACGCUUGGGAGAAACCAUUUGCCCGAAUAAUCUCAUUCGCUCGUCAAGUGGAAUUGAAGGUAGUCCGUAAAAAUACCCACGUUCGAGCUCUCUACAUGACCUUUAACUUGUUCACAACCCGAGCUGCAAUUUUCAUCACUAUCAUGACCCUAGUCCUGAGCGGUGGAGAUGUUUCUGCAACCAAAGUGUUCGUUGUAACUUCGUAUUACAAUAUUCUGUCGGGAAUCAUGUCGCAAAUGUUUGUUCGUGGAGUAGCUGAAAUGGCUGAGGCUUUUGUAUCCUUUAAGCGUCUCCAAACCUUCCUAGAUUACGAAGAAAAAGAAGUUAAUAAAAAGGACUUCCUGAACCAGUUUGGCAUGAAUGGUGAUGCGGGUGAUAAAGUUAAAGAGAAUGGAGUUGAAACACUAGGAAAGGGAAUCGCAUUGCAGCUGAAGCAUGCAACUGCCAAGUGGUCCGCUCCUGAUCCAAAUUCAAAUAAACAUUCUUAUGAAACGAAGAAAAAGACUAAGCAAUCAAAGAAAUUGAAGAAACUCGCCAAGAAAAAUGGCAAUACUCCCGCACCGGAAGCUGAUCAUAAUGACAGACUUACACUGGACGACGUCAGCAUCGACUUUAAAAAAGGAAAAUUGAUUGGCAUUAUCGGAGCAGUUGGAUCCGGAAAAUCAUCUCUUCUUCAAGUUAUAUUGGAGGAGCUUCCACUCAAGACUGGAUCAGCAACUUGUCCAGGAAAGAUUUCAUAUGCUUGCCAGGAACCUUGGGUGUUUUCUGGAACAGUUCGUCAAAAUAUUUUGUUCGGGCAAGAGAUGGAGAAAAUUCGGUACGAUUCAGUGGUAAAAGCGUGUGCUUUGAUUAAGGAUUUCGAACAGUUCCCAGAAGGAGAUAUGACGGUAAUUGGAGACAAAGGAGCUUCACUUUCUGGUGGUCAGAAGGCACGUAUUAAUUUGGCACGUGCAGUUUACAGGCAAGCAGAUGUUUACCUCUUGGAUGACCCCCUUAGUGCUGUUGAUGCUCACGUUGGUCGACAUCUUUUUGAACAAGUAAUUGGCCCAACAGGUCGCCUAGCCAGACGACAUGUAACACGAGUCCUGGUCACACACCAAAUUCAUUUCCUGAAAGAAGCAGAUUGGAUAGUUGUACUGAAUGAUGGCAAAAUAGAAAUGCAAGGUACUCCAGGUGAUCUCUCAAAGAGUGACAAUGACUUCGCCCAAUUGCUGGAGCAAGAUGUAAGCGACGAAGAAGAUGAGGAAGAAAAGGAAACAGACGAUCAAACAAUGAUUAGCAGCAGUCGAAGGUCCUCAACAAAAUCGGUGUCUGCUUCACGAAAUACGUUAUCUGGCAAGGAGGCAGCUGAUGGUGAAAAGGGCAAAGAUAACCACAAGGAACAAGCUCAUCAAAUGGAGGCAACAUCCAAAGGAGUGGUUAAAGGAUCAAUUUCAUGGAAUUACAUCAAAGCUGGAGGAUCCAUUGUGUUACCUUUCGUCGUUGUGGUUUUAUAUGCGUUAACACAAAUGUUUGCCAGCUUCACGGAUUGGUGGGUGUCAUUCUUCACAGAACAGGAGGAAAUGCGGACAUACUACAGUAGUAACAACAUAUCGGUCGAAAUAACUAGUCCUUUUAAUGAAAAUUUCGAUCAAGUUAAGAAUAUCACUAAAAUGGUGGAGGUUUUCAAUAGCACCUUGAAUAUGACUUUAACUGAGGCAGAAGAGGAAACGGUGGGCUACUUGGUUAGUACAGACUUCCUGAUUGCCGUGCAUGGUACGAUUGUUGUGUUGAUAUUCCUUAUCGGCAUCCUACGAUCAAUUGGCUUCUUCACGAUGGCGGUUAGAGCUUCCCAGAAAAUGCAUGAUGGCAUGUUCAGUAGUUUGAUCAGGGCUCCAAUGAGGUUCUUCGACACCAAUCCGUCCGGUCGUAUCCUGAAUCGUUUCUCCAAGGACAUGGGAGCUGUCGAUGAACUUUUACCAAAGGCUAUUUUGGACGCGGGUCAGAUCAUCCUGAAUAUGAUUGGUGCAAUUAUUGUUACAACUACAGUUCAGCCAAUAUUUUUGAUCCUGGUUUGCGUUCUGGGCGUUAUUUUCUGGUUUAUUCGAAAAGUUUACCUGAAAACAUCAAAGAAUCUCAAACGAUUGGAUGGAAUAACAAGAUCACCAGUGUUCACUCAUUUGGCAGCAUCCUUGAACGGAUUAUCGACGAUUCGAGCUUAUGGAGCUCAAACUGGCUUGAUUAAGGAGUUCGACGCUCAUCAGGAUAUUCACACAGCUUCGUAUUACAUGUAUAUUAGUACGUCGACAGCCUUUGGAUUAUCCUUGGAUAUAGUUUGCCUGGUUUUCCUUUGUUGCGUGACGUUCUACUUUUUGAUCGCAGAUGAUGGUGCCAUGGGCGGUCAAGUCGGUCUAGCCAUCACCCAAACCAUGUCCAUCACUGGUCUCCUCCAAUGGGGUAUUCGUCAAAGUGCAGAAGUAGCCAAUCAACUCAUGGCAGUAGAACGUGUCCUUGAGUAUCGUGACUUGGAACAGGAAAAGCAGCCAAUGAAAUUAGCCCCAAUUACAAAGGACUGGCCCACAGCUGGUAAAAUCGAAUUCAGACAGGUUGUCUACAGAUACUAUGAAGGAGCUGAAGCAGUUCUUAAAGGACUCAACUUUGUGAUCUAUCCAAAGGAGAAAAUUGGUAUCGUUGGACGCACAGGAGCUGGUAAAUCAUCUUUAAUUGGUGCUAUAUUCCGAUUGGCUAAGGUAGAGGGAGACAUUCUCAUUGAUGGAGUAAACAGCGCAACAAUUAGCUUGGAGAACCUACGAUCACAUGUUUCAAUUAUUCCACAAGAUCCAGUUUUGUUUUCUGGCACCAUUCGAAGAAAUCUGGAUCCUUUUGAAGAAUAUCCUGAUUCAGCUUUAUGGCAAGCUCUGGAAGCAGUAGAACUUAAGGACAUUGCGUCGGGAUCACUUGGCCUACAAGGAAUGGUAGCAACUGGCGGAGGUAACUUCAGUGUUGGUCAGAGACAACUGGUUUGUCUGGCACGUGCUAUUUUAAGGAACAAUAAGAUAUUGGUUUUGGAUGAAGCAACAGCAAACGUUGAUCCACACACCGACAGUUUAAUCCAGAAAACCAUCCGGGAACGAUUCGCAGACUGCACCGUCCUAACAAUUGCUCAUAGAUUGCACACCAUCAUGGAUUCAGAUCGAAUCCUUGUUAUGAAUUUCGGGCUGGUCGAAGAGUUUGACAUUGCUCAUACCCUGCUUCAAAAGCCAAAUGGUCUCCUGCGGGACAUGGUCAUGACGACUGGACCGCAGGAAUCUGAACGAUUAAUAGAAAUGGCCAAAGAAAAGUACGAGUCAAUGGCGAAGAUAAUGUAAUGCUGCUCAGUUUGGAGUGAAGAUACCUGUAUCUUGUUGUAGAGUAAUUUAUUCGUCCUUAGAGGGCGAAUUGUAUUUUUAGUAUUAUUUAUUUACUUAUUUCGUAUUUUAUUUGAAAGUUGUUGUUUUAUGAAACACGGAUAUUCAGGGAACAAUUCAGUUUUAAGGAGCUGUACAUGUUAUCAGAUAAGGAGACUUCUCGCAUUUAUUUAGAAACUGUCCUGUUUGUACAACGAACAAUGUAAGUCGAAAUUGUAGAUAUAAUUUAAGCUUUGAUGUUUUCAUAUGUAUACGAAAACGAACGAAAUAAAUUAUAAGCUAAUUUGAUA